AUGCAAGAGUUACAUGUUUUCUUGCCUCUCUUCUUGAUGUCAUUCAAACUUUCCAAGUCUCUCAUUCAAGAAUCACUUAUCACUUCUCCCACACUUUAUCAUUCCUUCUUUUUCCUCCCCCUCCCAUCAUCUUUCUUACCUAAUAAAAUCUACACAACUGGAGCCAGUAUUCUUGGUGCUGGUGUCAAAGCCCCCAGAAUUCGGACCAAGAAUCUUAUCAGCAUCAUUUUCUGUGAGGCUGUUGCCAUUUAUGGAAUUAUCAUGGCUAUUGUCAUUGGCAAUCAGGCACAGUAUUUUGAUAUCACCAAAGUAAACAAAGACAUUCUUCGUGAAAAUUAUAUGGCAGGUUACAUGAUGUUUGGGGCUGGGCUCACCGUUGGUCUUUGUAAUCUUGCCUGUGGAAUCUGUGUUGGAAUUGUUGGUUCUGGUGCUGCCCUUGCAGAUGCCCAGAAUGCCAGUCUAUUUGUCAAAAUUCUCAUUGUGGAAAUCUUUGGUAGCGCCAUUGGACUCUUUGGUGUCAUUGUUGGAAUUUUGCAGACUGCUAAAGCAAAGAUGUCUUCUGAUAAAGCUUAA